UCACACACGCGAGCGUUCCCAGCCCUCAAGCCAGCUCCUCCUCCGUUCAUUUUCUGCACCCUCUUCGCGAAGCACCCCCCGGGAUCACUCUCCGAGGGCGGCUUUUUGAGAGAUCUCCGUGGAGUAGUGGACCAGAGCCGGGGAGUUUUUAAAAGCCGGGGCGCGAGAAACAGGAAGGUACUAUGGCUUCCUCGUCUGGCAACGAUGAUGAUCUCACUAUCCCCAGAGCUGCUAUCAAUAAAAUGAUCAAAGAGACUCUUCCUAAUGUCCGGGUGGCCAACGAUGCUCGAGAGCUGGUGGUGAACUGCUGCACUGAAUUCAUUCACCUUAUAUCUUCUGAAGCCAAUGAGAUUUGUAACAAAUCGGAAAAGAAGACCAUCUCACCAGAACAUGUCAUACAAGCACUAGAAAGUUUGGGAUUUGGCUCCUACAUCAGUGAAGUAAAAGAAGUCUUGCAAGAGUGUAAAACAGUAGCAUUAAAAAGAAGAAAGGCCAGUUCUCGUUUGGAAAACCUUGGCAUUCCUGAAGAAGAGUUAUUGAGACAGCAGCAAGAAUUAUUUGCAAAAGCUAGACAGCAACAAGCAGAAUUGGCCCAACAGGAAUGGCUUCAAAUGCAGCAAGCUGCCCAACAAGCCCAGCUUGCUGCUGCCUCAGCCAGUGCAUCUAAUCAGGCGGGAUCUUCUCAGGAUGAAGAAGAUGAUGAUGAUAUCUGAAAUUCACCAGCUGAGUUUCUAUUUCUUCCAUAAAUGUUUUUCCCUGCACAACAAAAACAGUGAAAGAAAUGCUUAUCUGUAAUUUUGUAUGCAUCUUGGUGGACUUGUCAUUGGUAUUCUAGGGAUGUCUGCUAUUAAGUUUCAUCUAUUGUGUGCUAUACAUGUAAAAACUGUCUCUUUGAACUAUUGAAAAUUUAAGGUUCAGUAUAAUAUCAAUUUUGAAUUUUUAAUGGUGUUUAUGAAAUUUUAGAUAGCAGCAAGUCCUUCAUUUGAUCAAUAAACAGUGUUACAGAAAACUUCAAGUUUAUAAAAAUACAGUGAAAUUUCUACAAAGCUCUAAAUCUGCAUUUGCAUUUCCUCUGCCCUUUUAACUAAACUAAAACUUGUGAAUUUUAAAUUAUUAAGGGGGGGUGCUGUGUGAAUCAGUAGACAUUGGAUUGGGUUGGUGAAAGAGUUCAGUUCUGUAGUAUCUGAAUUUGUCUUUUAAAAUGAGAACAUAUAUAGGCAAUAAAUAUAUAUGCUCAGAUCAAUAUACUUGUUUAGAAAAACUUCAAGACAUUAAAAAACUAGGAAGGAGUAUGUUUAAUAGUAGUUGUAUAAAUUUGGUGGUUAUGUUUUUUUAUUUUGUUUUUGUUUUGUGUAGAGGUAAAAACUAUAGUUUUAUUACAACAUAAUUCAUUUUGAGCUCCGCUAUGACAUUUCAAAGACUGCCCAGUUUGGAAGUCUGUCAUGAUUUAUACUCUUUCGCUCUAAUUCAGUAAUUGUUGAUAGUAUUACUUACCUAGUCCAUCCAUACUCAUAUUAUUCAAAUAUAUAGGUGGGACUUUUGAAACAAUUGCAUUGAUUCCCUUGGUUUAACUGAGGUUCAUGAAUAUUCAAACCUUUGCUGGGGGAAAGAAAUGAAAGUUAAUGAGCAUGCUUGCUAUGAGAGAGGGAUUUUUAAUUUAACUUGUAGUUAUAGUUUACUUAUUGUUUUUAGAAUUACUUUUACAUUUUCCCGACUAGAUGGCCUAGAGUCCAACAUUACCUUUUGAGAUGACAUUAUUGUCUCCAUUCAUAAUUGAGUGAUAGCUUUAAAAAAAAGAUUAGUUUUGCUUAAGAAGUUGUGUUACAACUGAUCAGCCCUAUAUGAAUUAACUGAUCAGCCCUAUAUGAAACAGAAGUUGUGUUAUAACUGAUCAGCCCUAUAUGGAACAUAAAUAGUUUCUACCUGCUUAUUAAAAGAGAGAAGCUUUAAUUUGGUUCUAAAAAAUAAAGUAUGGUAGUGAUUAUAGGAAUCCAGGAUGUUGAAGAAAUGGGAUAGUGUCUAUAUUUUGGAAACAGAAAGGAAAAGUCACUUAAGAUAGUAUUAAGUAAUUAAAUUCCUAUGUCAGUUGCCAAAUCUUUUAAACUUAUGUAUUCACCAAGCCCAAAAAUAGAUUGUGGCUCCCAGGAUUUCAAUUUUAAUUGGAGAGCUAGGUAAGUAAAGUUUUAUAACUAUUAGGUUUCUUAAUGAUCAUAUUUUGCAGUUUUAGUAAAAGGGAAAUAUUGUUAUACAUUUAUUAAAUAUACUUCCCCCAUGAAGUGAAAAGGUUAAUUUUGCUGAAUGUUUUAAGUUGAAGUUACUUCAUAGAUGUCAUACCCAUGAAGUGCAUUUGGAUGAGAUAGAAGAAAUUGUUUUUUAAAAAGUUUAAGUACCAAAGGUAGUCUAGUCUAGAACAAUAAUAAGUUAAUAUGUGUUGGCUUUUCUAAUUUGUACUGUAACAUCCUUAUACUUUCUAUUUUAAGUAUAUCUGUUCUUAAGUAAACAACUUAGAUAUUUUCCACACCUUUUUUUUUUUUGAUGCAGAGUUCAGGUUAAUUAAUAUUUUACUGCAUCUGAUAAUGUAUUAUACGUUUGAAGCCUAGUGACUUUUCAUUUUGACAUUCUUGUGAUUUCAUAUGCUGUAUUCUUCAAGCAAUAAAAUUGUGAUGUGUUUUAUAAA